AUGGCUAAUGAAUCAAGGCCCUGCCCGUGUGGUAUCGGGGACAGGUUCGACUAUGAGGGUUGUGGGCAGGAAGUGCAAGUUGAGCACAUCAAGGCGUAUAUUUGCAGCCCCCCUGCCAGCACAGACAAAGCUGUGAUUGUGAUUCAUGAUAUAUUUGGAUGGCAACUCCCAAACACCAGAUACAUGGCUGAUAUGCUCGCGGCUAAUGGAUACAUAGCCAUCUGUCCAGACUUUUUUGCAGGAAGAGAAGCUUGGAAACCAUCUGAUGACUGGUCUAAGUUUGAUGAUUGGCUGAAAACUCGAGAUGCCAGGAAAAUAAACAAAGAAGCUGAUGCUGUCCUGAAGUAUCUAAAGGAACAGUGUGGUGCAAAGAAAUUAGGGGUCGUUGGUUUUUGUUGGGGUGGUGUUGCUGUGUGUCACCUGAUGAUGACAUACCCGGAAUUAAAGGCUGGUGUAUCUCUCUACGGUAGGUAAUACAAGAAU